UCGUGAUCGUUGCAUCGUCGCAGGUUCGGACGAGUUUGAACGCGAAAACGGCCAAGUGCACACGGGUGAAAGUGAUUUUGUUUGCUAGCGUUUCGAACCUAGCUUCCACGCCAGAACAGUGUACCGAUUAAGUGUGUAUCGUAUCAGUGCCAGAUCGAGCUCAUCAUGCGUGCAUUCGUCGUAGCUUCCAUACUGUGCGUUGGCUUUGUGUCGGCGUACCCGCAGCAGGCCGUCGAUCCGGCGUAUCUGCGCCAGUACUAUCAGCAGAUCGCACAGGCUGCCGGUGCUCAGAACUCGGCGCAGGGCCGUGCCGAUGCUACGCCCAUCUACGAGCAGGGUGCUCAAGAACAGCAACACAUCCCGCAGUAUCUGCCCCAGGGCCAGCAGCUCCGUCUGAAGGAUAAUGUGCACGAACAGGUCCAGCGUACUCAGUACCAGCAACCUCAGGCCAGACAGUACCAGCCCCAGUAUCAGCCUCAGCAGAUCCAGUACGUCCAAGAGCAGCAGUACCAGCAGCCGCAGCCACAGCCACAGCUGAAAGUAUCCAAGCCCCGACCGCAGUACCUGCAGGGAGGUCAGAAGCAGCAGCUGGAAGAAGACCAGGAGGACUAUGACCCCAAUCCUUCCUACCAGUUCGGGUUCGACGUGAAGGACGACGAAUUCACCAACUACCAGAACCGCAAGGAGCAGCGUGACGGUAACGUGAUCAAGGGCAGCUACUCCGUCGUUGACUCCGAUGGUUUCAUCCGUACCGUCACCUACACCGCCGACCCGAAGGAAGGCUUUAAGGCCGAGGUUAGCCGCCAGCCGACCGACAUCGUGGUGAAGAUCCCGACGCCUGCCCCACAGUCUGCCCACGACCGUUUCGCUAGUCAGCCCCAGUCGAACGGUGGAUACCGGGUGCAGCAGCAGCAGCCGCAGCAGCCUCAACAGCAGGCCCAGCAGCGACCGAGACCGCAGGAGUACUCCCAGUACCAGUAAACGGUCCGCCUGAGACCAAGUGGAUCUCUAGUGCAGUGUAAUACCAUCACAUAAUUUAUGCUCUCGUGCGUUGUGUUAGAGGAUACGGGUUAGCGCCCGGCCACGAACAAUGCGGUUACUAACGGGAUGUAGUAGCUGUACUCAUCCGGUAGUUGAUCGUUCUCAUCAUCGAUCGGCUAGCCGGAGGUGAUAUACAGAACAAAAAAAUCUGUGCGUGUACCACGAACCACGCCAACUCCUAAGAAAUCGUCCAGUGAGCUUCAAACUCAAACUGCUUGGCGAACCUAUCGUCUGAAGGGCUCACACCUCUCACUUGCCCUUAUCGUAAAGUCAUGAUAUUUAAAUAAAAACAAAACCUAUCAAUUAAACAAAA